AUGCCGAACACUGUUGCUUCAUCAAGUCUUGCCGACAGAUACGACGUUCACGAUUUUGAUAUUGCUAAGGUGCUGCCGCCUAACACUGUGCUUUACACGGCUACGGAGCCGUGCAACGAGAGGUUGGGCGGGAACAGGACGUGGGUCGAGCGCAUAUCGGCAUUAUCGGGCCUGAACGGUGCCACAAGGGUUGUCUAUGUUGGCAUCCGCGAACCUGACAGUUUCAUCAAGCACAAUGAGGGUGUCAUGCGGCUCGAGGAUGCUAGGGUCAUGGUGGUGAUGCUGGAUGAUGCUGAAAUCAGGGGCAGAGACCAUAAGCUAGGCAGGGUACUGGAAGUACCGGUACAGCAGGAACAGGGGCAGAAGACUGGGAAGCAGGCUCUCUAUAUGAUGACCUGGAACUGCGAGAACUUAUCUGGGACGUGA